AUGGAAAGAUCAUACUUGGUUGCUUUCCUUGCUUACUGGUUAUGUAAAUUUGUAUUUUCCAAAAACAACGUCACUUUUAUCAGACCGGGGGUUUUCAAAGUUGCUCGUCGAAUAUCACACGGUGUAUCAUUUAGCCUAGCAGUUCCAGUAUUGGCCAGCAUUUACAAAGGGCAGAACGAUAUUUCUAGCGCAGAUGAUCUAGGAAAUUGCACAACUGUUCUUCCUUUACAUUAUGUGUAUGGGUGGUUGGGCAAAUACUUCGACACACACUUUACAUCAUCUUUCACGAAGUCUAUUCCUAUCAUGGCAAUGUUCUCAGGAAGAAUUUUUGAAAACUACCGAGUCAUCCAACCUUAUAGCCAGCACCGGUUUAGUAGACAGUUCUACUAUGUACAACAUCUGCUAGGAGAACUUAAAGAUGACAUCCAUAAUGGGACUGUGCAUCACUUUGAAUCAACGAAGUCAAAGACAGUUUCAACUGUAGGCAAGUCAUCGUCGCUAUCUCAGCCAAAAUCUUUUAAGUCUUAA